CUCGUCAGUGUGAUAUUCCCAGGCGAGAGAGGGAUGAGAUGGAGAAGUGCGGUCCGGUUCAGACUCUCAGCGCGCACAGAGAGACAGACAGGAAGAAGAGCAGAGAAGCGAGGGAUCAGAGGGACGAGAGCAGUGAUGCGGAACAGUAUGUCUCGUGGGUGCAGUGCAGUAACCCUGGAUGUGGUAAAUGGAGGAGUACUCAGUGAUGGUGUUGAUCCUUCAGUUUUGCCUGAUGACUGGAUCUGCAAAAACAACACAGACCCCGCCUUCAGCAGUUGUUCAGCUCCAGAAGAGAAGUCCAGUGUACCUGAGGAGGAGGUGUUCUUCUACAGGCUGGUCCCCGGAUCACUGGUUUGGGGCCCGGCAAAGUGGCUAUCCCUGUUUAAGUGCCAUGUGACGUAUUUUGGAGAACCGGUGACUCGGGCCUGGGUCGUGUGCAGCAGAGUGAGGGACUACGCUGACCUGUCUGAGGAUCAGCUUCUUAACAAAGUUGACAAGGACCUGAAAGAUGCCAUUUAUAUGGCCAAGGAAGCACUCAGACUGUCUCUGAAGGAGCGGUUAGUGAAGUUUGGGUUCUGUAGUCGUUAUGUGUCAGACAGAGAGAGCUCAGAGGACAGUGAUAUCGCGGAGAUGUUGGAGCUGUUUUGUGGGAAUGACUGCAGCGAUGAGGAUUCAUGGAGUAAAAAGUCAGCAGGCAGAAAACAAAAAGAGAGAAAGAGAGAGGGGAAGAGGAGCGGACGGGGAAAAGAGGACGACGAGACGUACGGAGGGAGUGAGAAGAACAAAAGAGUGAAGAAGAUGAAGGAAGGAAAAGAGGGUGAGAAGAAGAAAAGAGUGAUGAAGCUGAAGGAAGGAAAAGAGGGUGAGAAAAAGAAAAGAGGGAUGAAGAAGCUGAAGGAAGGAAAAGAGGGUGAGAAAAAGAAAAGAGGGGUGAAGAAGCUGAAGGAAGGAAAAGAGGUUGUGAUUAACAGUGUACCUGUGAAAGGAGGAAAAGAAAAGAAGUGUCUCACUCCUUCUUUCUCUCUACUGAAGAAAAAGAGGCAACACAGAGCAGUUGUUUUUGUGUGUUUUUGGUUUACGGUGCAGUUGUUUUGGGCCGCGUGCUACCUGUUUUCUCGGGAGCAUGCCGGCCCCGCGCUCGCAGUGUUUGAGUUCACUGACCCGGCGUCAUGGAGUGAAAGUGGCGUCCGGGCUGAUGGUGACGUUGCCGCUGUCGGAAGUGACGUGGUAGUUAACGCUGAACCCGAUGAAGCAGGACCGUCAGACGAGGCCCCGGGUGUAUCAGGGAUAGGAGUAGUGAAGGAUAAGAAUGAUGAUGCUUUACCUGUGAUCACACCAACUGAUGCUAAAGAAUUAGCAGCUGAAAACACAGUUUCUGGUGUAGAAGUGUCUAAUGCUCAGGCGGAGAUAGCCGUUACUGAGACAGAUAUCCUUUUAAACGAUGCUUUCCACAAUGACUUGCAAUCUACUGUGAGUAAUGUACAUGAUGACAGUCGAAUGGAAACAGAGCAGGCAGAUUUUAAAGUCCCAUUAAAAAGAAAGAAGUCUGGUAAAGCUCCGAUUGUUAGACAUGCAAAGAAAGCAGAUAUAACCGAGCCAAGUGAUCAGGAUGAAACGGAAAGUGACAGUGAGUUUUCUGAUUCGAGUGUUAGUCUUUCUCAGAGUGAUUUUUCUGGACGUCAUUAUGAGGUAGAUGACAUUAAACUGUUCCUCAGAGCUACGAAGAAUAAGAGAGGAGUGCGCAUUAACGAAUACUUUCCUGACAUAAAGCAGUUUGUUGAGAAAACAAGGUGCUUCAUGAUGGAGGGCUCCUUUACAAAUAAAGAGGUUUAUCGAUUGAAAAAGACAUUGAGCAAACUUAACUCUGAGCUCAGUAAUGAGGACAGUGAGAAAGCCUAA